AAUAAAAAAGGCUCGAAUGUUUGAUUGCUGCGGAAAAAGAUGAAGCUUUCUUUUCUGGUCUGCUGCUAACUGAGCAGAAAUGGUGGGUGAUGAUAAACCUCUACAAGGGCUCCCUUUUUUCAUCUUCUUCAAGAUCGCUGCCCAAUACAUCGACCAGAACUCUUGAAGUUAUACACAAACGUUGGAGUUAUUCUCUCUACCCAAUACAAGAAAAGCUUCACCAUAACAGGAUGUACACUGUGCUUGCAGAAGGGCUGCAAACUUUGGCAAUGCCUCCGAGGAAUGAUUCACCAUCUGAAGUCACUCAUGCUUCAAAUGUUGUUGUGGAUCCAAAAUGUGAAAGUCGACAAAAUGAGGGCAAAUUGGACCUCGCACCUUUAGCUGUUUCUUGCAGUGACCAAUGCCUCCAUGAAUUGCCUUAUCCAUACUCUUCUGCAGAGUUUAGUACAUAUUGCCAAAUCCACGCUGUUACUGUGUCAUUUCCUUCUCCUUUGACCUGCCAUGUAGAAGAUGCAUCUCGAGAUUCACAUCUUUCUCGCAUUAAGACUACUGAUACCGAAUGUGGAAACUCAAGUUCAAGCAAUGAUCUUAGUUCUUCAUUGCUGAGGAAUGUACACAUAUCUGAACGGUUGAUGGAGGACUUUCUUGAACUUGCUAAGGAUAAUACGGAGAAGGAUCUCGAAACCUGUGGUGUUCUUGGUGCUUUCCUUGAGAGCAGAACCUUCUAUGUGACAACUUUGAUAAUACCCAAACAGGAAUCAACCUCUAAUUCCUGUCAGGCUAAGAACGAGGAAGAAGUUUUUGCAAUACAACAUGGACGUUCACUGUUCCCCGUAGGAUGGAUCCAUUUUUUUCGUUUCAUGCGGACUGAGGUUCUGUUUUCUGAUCAUACACAUUUUCAGACACACCCUUCUCAGAGCUGUUUCAUGUCAUCUAUCGAUUUGCACACUCAAUUUUCAUAUCAGGUUAUGGUACCCGAAGCUUUUGCCAUUGUCAUGGCUCCUACUGAUGCCUCAAGGAGCUAUGGAAUUUUCCGACUAUCCGACCCAGGUGGGAUGGACGUCUUGAGAGAGUGCCGAGAGACGGGAUUUCACCCUCACAAGGAUCCAGACGGUGGGAUCCCUAUUUUUCAGCAGUGCACCAACGUCUACAAGAACUCAAAUCUGAGGUUCGAGAUUUUCGAUCUGCGUUGACUUAAGGUGCAUGAGAUCGAGAUAAGUGAAAUCAGCUCACAAACAUGAACAAAGAUGCCCGCAGCAAAGAACCGAAAAGUCAUUCUGCUCCGCGCAGGAAGUCGAAUGAAAAUUAUUGUAGGAACUGUUCAGUUUUCGAUUAUUAAAUGUUGUCCUAGAGGUGUAUUGUUCUGUCUCCUUGCUAGGGAGUUUCGUGGUCCCGAUUGCUAUCUUAUCCUGACAGGAAUAUUCUCGUAUUCACAUAUUAAAUUAAAAAUUGGAUGAAAAGGACAACUACUUUAGACUAA